GGCACUGAUUAAUGUAAUCACUAAUGAAAUGCAGUGAAAAGCGGGUUUACGUUUUCAAUUUAUAAAUUUUUAUAUAAGUUGUCUACAAUGGACAUAACACCAUUAUUUAAAGCCUGCAUAAAAACUGUUAAAACUCGUAAUAAAGCUUUCGGCAUUCAAAGCCCCACCAGCGAUGACAAACAACGCAUACUUCGAAGUAAGCCGAAGACAGGGUUUAUGGCUACGGCGAAAGAUAUAACGUCCCAAAUAACUAAACUUAGAGACUUUCUGCUAGAGCACAGAGAGAGGUACUUAAGUUUCUUUAAUAAUGUGACCAGGGACGAAAUGUCUGAAGCCGAGAGGGACCAAAUAGAUACGGGAGCGCAACGUAUAAUUAAUACUUGUUGUCACCUUUUAAAAGAGUUUAGGAACGAUAAUCGCAAAGUUCCCCUGUCUCUUCAGACUCGAGACUACAUGGACGCAGUAAUAGAUCUUAUAGAUUCAUACUUAAAAGCUGUUUGUAAAAUACAUAGUGAGUUAAAAGCGUUGAGAGUAAAAAGAGCAUUGGAUAUUCGAAAAUUAUCGCGUUUAGAAUUACCGCAGAUAAAAUCAAACAUUCCAAAUCCAUUUAUAGAAGAAAAGAUACUUAAAGAGGAUAACAUAGGAAUAGAAGAUGUAGAUAAUACUAAGAGUAAACUAGAUUUGUCAGAGAAUGAAGUUGCAGUGUUAUCGGACGAAGGAGAGCUUAGCCCAGAAGAGCUGCAGAUGUUUGAAUCAGAAAAUGUUCAGUUGUUGAACGAGCUAAAUAGUAUGACAGAGGAAGUGAGACAGAUUGAGAGCAAAGUAUUGCACAUUGCUGAAUUGCAAGAGAUAUUCACAGAGAAGAUUCUACAACAAGAGCAAGACAUUGACCGGAUAGCAAACACUGUUGUGGGGACAACUGAAACUAUGAAGGAUGCUAAUGAACAAAUUAAACAAGCUAUACAAAGGAACGCUGGACUGAGGGUCUAUGUAUUGUUCUUCUUGCUUGUUAUGUCGUUUACUUUACUGUUCUUAGAUUGGUAUAAUGACUAAAUAAAGGAACAAAAUCAUUGGUUUAAUUAAAAUAGGUUCUUUGGCAAUAUAUUUUACAUAGCAGUGCUAAUUCAAUGGUACACAGUUACUAAAAUAAUUAAUAGGUCUAAAAGUACAGUUGUCUUUUUCUACAGGGUAAAUUGUGAAAAGGAUAGCACUAAUUCUAGAACAAAAUUUUUGUGAUUUGUGUACAAAAGAAUUGGGCAUAUUGAAAUGAAAAGGAUCCAAUCUGUGUCUCAUGUCUCAGGAUGUGGCCCAGAUAUUAGACUUUUCUCUUUUUAAUGAUUUGCAGUAACUCCUGGAGUACUCUAACUUUCAGAAACUUUCUACAAGAACACAACAUCUCAAAGGCUUUGAGACAUUUCUGAGUAUCAGCUUUAUAAGCUGAUAAAUGUGGAACAAUGUUUUAAUAGUUAUACAACAAGAGAAUGACAACAUUGUGGAAAAAAACAUUAGGUUGGAUCCUUUUUGUUCCAUGAAAUUGGCACUAAUGUUCCACUGCUCAAUAUAAAGCUUCUAUCUCAUAGGAGUGAGGUGUAGAGCUUACCUACUACAAUUGCCCAAUGUUUGGUGGGAUAGUGAGUAAAUGGCAAUAUUUAGUUAAUGAAAAUUAUUAUCAGGUGUUAGUAAUAAUGACUAAGAAUGUAAAGCAGGGCCAGAAAUGUACCCCCAUACAGUUACUACAGAAUUGUUUAAUUAAGAAACACAAUGAAUUGAAUUACAUUGAUAUAAUAAGGCCACCUCUUAUCAUUGGUCAAAGUGAAUAAAUAAUUCAUUACAUUAUUG